AUGGCAAAUAAUCAAAGAUCUACUGACACUAUCCCUAGCAUUAGAGAGCCAAAGACCAGUGGAGCUGCUAAAAAUGGGGUUUCUCAAAAACAUUUGACAAUUGAAUCACCAUCGUUGUCAUUGGACGAGCUAAUUAAGAUCACGGAUAAUUUUGGUUCACAGUCUUUGAUUGGAGAAGGUUUUAAUAAUUGCCGGGUAUUCCAUGGAAAAUUAAGCUAUGGGAAAGAGGUGAUCAUAAAGAAGUUCGAUUCCAGCUCUUUAACAGAUUCCGAGUCAGAUUUUAAAGAAAAAUUAUCAAUGAUUUCAAGACUUAAGAACGAGUAUUUUUCUCAAUUGUGCGGUUAUUGCUUGGAGAAAAAGAAUAGAAUCUUGGUAUAUCAAUAUGCAACCAUGGGUUGUUUGCGUGAUAUAUUACAUGGGAGACGAGGUGGUGAUGGUGACAGAGAAGUACCUGGUCUGGUUCUGAAUUGGGCCCAGAGAGUAAAAGUUGCUUAUGGGGCAGCAAGAGGUCUUGAGUAUCUACAUGAAAAGGUUCAGCCUCCAAUAGUUCAUUGUGAAGUAAGGUCAAGCAACGUCCUUGUGUUUGAUAAUUUUGAAUCCAAAAUAGCCGAUUUCACAUUGAGCAAUUCAUCUUCUGACUACGCAGCUCGGCUGCAUUCAGCAAGAGUGUUGGUAACUUUAGGUUAUGAUUCUCCUGAGUAUGUUAUGACAGGACAGAUAACUCAAAAGAGCGAUGUCUACAGCUUUGGGGUUGUUCUUUUAGAACUCUUGACAGGAAGGAAACCUGUUGAUAUAACAAUGCCUAGAGGACAACAAAGUCUUGUUACAUGGGCAACGCCAAGAUUGAGCGAAGACAAAGUAAAGCAGUGUGUUGAUCCUAGAUUAAACGAUGAUUACCCUCCAAAGGCAGUUGCCAAGUUUGCAGCAAUUGCAGCACUGUGUGUCCAAUAUGAAGCUGUUUAUUGGCCAAAUAUAACGGUUGUGGUCAAGGCGUUGCAGACAUUUCUCAACUCAAAUCCAGCAACCUCUGAGCCUUAG